AUGGCUAGGACUAAGAAGCGAAGAAAUUCCAGCAGCAGCCGACUUAUUGAUGAACCAAUUGAUGAGCAUAUGGAAAAUCAGUCUAUAAGAGUGGAAGAGCUUCAGAAUACAGAUGAUGAGACUGAUGGUGAUGUGGAGGCAAAAAAAACACGAGGGCCAACAUAUAUGACAAGUGUUUGGGGUCAGCCUACAUCUCAUCGUUAUAAAGUUAAAUUCAACAAACUUGGCAAACCAGUGGGCAAAAAUAAAUCAAGAUUUACAGAGUUUUUGGGUACAAUAUCAAGAAAUGGUUCAUAUGCCCCAAUUGACGUCCAAGAUUGGCGAAAAAUUGACAAUUCUCGGAAGAAAGACAUGUUAAAGAUUGUCAAGGAAAAAUUUGAUGUCCCUCCCAGUGCAAAAAUUUGGAUUCUUCGUGCUUUGGGCAAGUAUUGGAGGAAUUGGAAGGCAUGGAUUAAAGCAACAUACUACAAGCCAAAUAUACAAGUUGAAACUCAAAUGCUCAAUUUAGAUGUGAGAGUGGUAAAAGAUCAAUAUAAAGUCAUUGCUGAUUAUUGGGAGUUAGAAGAAACAAAGAAGAAAAAAUUAGGCCGCAAUCCUUCACGAGUUGAAAUGUUCAAUCACUGCUACACUGAUAACAAAGGAAACCCAUCUAGUAGUGCAGCAGCUAAUAUUAUGCUUGCAAUGAAUGAAAAGGUUAGUCAAUUGCCUCCUGAUACUGAAGAUCCUAUUGGAAAAAAUGAUGUAUUUGCACAAGUAGUUGGGCAAGACAAGCAUGGGCAUGCACGGAUGUAUGGUUUUGGUAUAUGUCCAACUGAUGUGUGGGGUGAUGAACCUAGUCGAAGUGGAUCUCAGCGACUAGUGUUGGAUCAAAAACAUGAAAUAUUAGAGAUGAAGGCAAAAUUUGCUCGCUCAGCAAGAGGAACAAAUUAA